UGGUUGUCUUUAUUUUCGAGAAAAGUGAAGGUGAACAGGGAAAAGAGGCAAGAGAUCUGAAAUAUCUAGGUUGACUCCUGUACCUGAGCGACCUGCGAUCUCCACCGCCGCCGCGACGAACUGGCCUCUGGGCGGGGGCUUUUAGCCAAAAGGAAAAUGGCUCAGCCGGGAACUGGUGCCCAGGCCAUGGAGAAGCUGGUUCAGACUUUACUUGUCCACACCGGUAGAGGUGACCGCGAUGAGAAUACCAGAAACAGCACUACGACCCUCAGAACUCAAGGUACCUCCAGCUGCAGGGGCCAGAACUGCCGACUGUCCCAGUUUUGACGUUUCCUAUUGUUGCCGGAAGUGACGUUAGGCUCCGACUCUUAACGGAGACGCAUUUUUAUUUCUGUUGUUUACGAUUCGCUAUAGAUUCCUUGUUUCUCACUUGGCAGCACGAGCCACUCUGACCAUCAAGAUCAGAAAAACUUCUCAGCUGCAAGUUAGAAUUGGACUGGCCAUUGAGGAGGCUCUCAGCAGAGUCGCUUUUCAGAGGAGUCUUGAACGCGGUGUGGAAUCGGCAGCGAGGAAUCCUGGAGCACAGAGAAGCUCCCAGCUUUGAAGGUCUUGCGGUGGUGCGUGGCGGGCAGGAACCCACAAUUCCAAAUACAAACCGUCGGCGCGAGAAGCGCUUCUGGGUGCAGGCGCCUGGCUGUAGUGACUCGCUGCGGGAGGCUGGACUCUGGUGACUGUCUAUGGUUGCAUAUGCUCCCUUCUCCUUUCCCUGUCGUGGUGGGCCUUUGAAACCGGCUUCUUUGCUGGUGGCUGCUGGGUGAGCCUCGAGGAGACGGCAAGGCUGCGCCCGGUAUUGGUCAGAGGUCGCCUCUCUCCGCCGUCCUUACAGAGACCCCGGGCGGAGACGAAUGACCAGAGACAAGAUUUCACCAUGUUUCCCAGGGUGGCCUUGAUCUCCUGAGCUCAAGCAAUCUGCCUGCCCUCAGCCUCCUCAAGUGCUGGGAUUACAGGUGUGAGCCACCACGCUUGGCUAUUUCCUUCAUUCCUGAAGACAGUUUUUUCAGAAGCAUCAAGUGCACCUGAUUUGUGAACCUAUCUUGCUUCAGUUGGUUUCCUCCUAAAUAUUAGGCAGAUGGCAUUGGCCAGUCUGUGCUCUGCUAGGUGAAAAAUUAGACUAUUUCAAGAGUUGGAGCUGAAUCUGAUGUUAAAUAAUGGCAACAGGUGACUUAAAAAGAAGCUUACGGAACCUAGAACAGGUGCUCCGCUUGCUAAAUUAUCCUGAAGAGGUGGACUGUGUAGGUUUGAUAAAGGGAGACCCAGCAGCAUCUUUGCCCAUCAUCAGCUAUUCUUUUACCUCAUACUCACCUUAUGUUACAGAACUUAUAAUGGAAUCCAAUGUAGAGCUCAUAGCGAAAAAUGACUUGCGCUUUAUAGAUGCUGUCUAUAAGCUUCUUCGUGAUCAAUUUAAUUAUAAACCAAUUUUGACAAAAAAGCAGUUUAUCCAAUGUGGGUUUGCAGAAUGGAAAAUCCAAAUUGUUUGUGAUAUUUUGAAUUGUGUGAUGAAAAAGCACAAGGAAUUAAGCAGUCUUCAGAAGAUUCCAUCACAACAAAGAAAGAAAAUCAGUUCUGGUAAGUCAGAACCUCCUUUGAGCACUGAGAAAAUAUCUGCAGAGGCUGUUGGCGUUGAUAUCAGUGGCAGGUUUAUGGCUUCAGGAAAGAAGAAAGCUGUGGUGAUUCGUCACUUGUAUAAUGAAGAUAAUGUUGACAUUUCUGAGGAUACAUUAAGUCCAAUAACAGGUGUUAAUGAAGCAGUUGAUGUGUCUGACUUAAAUGCUACUGAAAUAAAGAUGCCUGAAGUAAAGGUUCCUGAAAUCAAGGCUGAGCAACAGGAUGUAAAUGUUAAUCCUGAGAUUACUGCACUACAGACUAUGCUUGCUGAAUGCCAAGAAAAGCUUAAGAAACUGACUUUGAUAGAGAAAAGGUUAGACUGUUUGGAACAAAAAAUGAAAGGAAAAGUGAUGGUAGAUGAAAACACCUGGAAUAAUCUUCUUAGUCGUGUCACUCUACUUGAAACAGAAAUGCUUUUGUCUAAAAAGAAUGAUGAAUUUAUAGAGUUUAAUGAAGUUAGUGAAGACUACGCUUCUUGUAGCGACAUGGACCUUCUGAAUCCUCACAGAAAAAGCAAAGUAGAGAGGCCAGCAAGUAUUCCUCUGUCCUCUGGCUAUAGUACAGCAUCAUCAGAUUCAACUCCCAGAGCCUCUACCGUUAAUUACUGUGGUUUGAAUGAGAUUUCGGAGGAAACAACAAUCCAGAAAAUGGAAAGGAUGAAAAAAAUGUUUGAAGAAACUGCAGAGUUACUGAAAUGUCCAAAUCACUACUUGUAGGAUUUUCUACAUGAACUUUUCUAGGACUUUGGUUACUAUAUAUAUUGUAUAUUUUAAGAAUUCUUUAUAUAAUUUUAAUAUACUGCAAUUUUUGACAAUUUGGAUUCCAUUUGGUAUAUGAAUUUUUGCAUUCAUUAUUAAAUAAAUCUUUUAAUAUUUUUGAGCAAUGAUUAUACUGCUUUACCUUGUGUCACUUUUUUUUUUUUUUUUUUAGGAAAAACUCAUGUUCCAGUAUAUUUCUCUUACAGAGUGAAGUCAUUACAGCACUGUAUUUCUGUGUUGACAUUUGUUGGCAGUGUGCUAAGUAAUGUUUUUUAAAGCACAGGCUUGAGGACUAUGGUUUACAUCCUGUUGGAAACAUUCCAAAUGGGACUUGUGUAUUAUACCCAAGAGGCUCUCAUAUAUACCAUCUUGGCAUCUGUACUAAUGAAUAAGUUAUAAUGAACAGUUAAAAAUGCUCAUUGAAAAUUAAAUAAAACAAAAAGACAGC